AUGAGUUCUCAAGAUACUAUUCCAGACGAUACAUUGUACCAAGGAUAUCAAAACUAUCUACCAGUCAGAGAUGAUGCUAGUUAUCCAGCUUCAGAUCCAGCAAAACCAGUAUCUGCAAGCAAGCAGUUGGAUGAUAAGAAGAGCAAGGAGCAGCCUGGCAAAUUCACCUCGCACAAGACCAAAGAAGCAGUCUCACACACCAACGCUAAGCGAAAGCCCGAGGAGAGUAACACUGAAGUGGUAGAUUUCUUGGACGAAUUAGAAAAUAUAAAGGGGCAGCUGGAACAUAUAUUAAGUAAUGUAGAGGACUUGGUCUCUCGUUUCCAAGAAGCGCCCGAAAAACACACUCAUAAGGCGUUGCAUAUGAGCGGCAAGCUCGUUAGAUGGGCAGAUAGUACUAGUACCAACGGUGCUAAACACGAUACACAUCGCGCUAGGCAAAAAGCACGUAGAAAAUUCUAA